AUGUCGAGCUCGAGACACUUUUCCGGCGGCCGCAGGACGGGGAAGGCGCCGGAGAAAUCGAAUUUUGCGCAGACGUGCAACCUUCUGAGUCAAUACAUAAAGGAAAAGGGCAGCCUCAGGGAUUUGAAUCUCGAAAUUGGUGGAAAAGUGGAGAGUGUCGAAGCUAUCGUGAAGCCUGGUUCAUCUCUCGCAUCAGCUUCAACAGGUGUGAAUUCACAUAGUAACAAUGGGAAAUCUGCUCAACCUUCGCCUGGAAAACAGCCACCGAUGGACCAGUUUACCGGUAGGUCCGAUUCCUCGGCUAUUGUCGUUGAGGACGCCUCGAAUAAAGCUAGCACAAGCAAAGAGGCAGCGAAAACGGAGCCUAAGAAUGCACAGCUAACGAUCUUUUACUCGGGGAGAAUAUUGGUUUUCGACGAUUACCCGAUGGAAAAAGUUAGGGAUCUCGUGUCUGUAGCCAAAAGGAAUAGCUCACAAAUGUCUUACGGCAUUUUAUCGAAGGCCUAUCAUGAGAAAGCGGGCCCCACGCCCCCCACCUUACGUGAGGGGCUCCCUCCAAGGCCUCAUGCUUACAAUAACAAACAGCCUUUCGGUGUUUCUAUGAACAAUUUUCGGGAGGGAACAAGUUCGAUAGUCAACGAGGCUGUUGCGUCUAGUUCGAGAUCAGAAGAACUUUCACCACAGCCUGAGGCUAAUGGAUCUGAUUUGCCGAUUGCAAGAAGAUCGUCGAUUCACAGGUUCCUUGAGAAGAGGAAAGAUAGGGCUGCUGUUAGGGGCCCUUACUACAAUCAAGAACAUCCUGGUCCUUCCACCAAAGGUGAUGAGCAGCUUGACCUCAACAUUUUGCCAUAA